CAAAAGCCAGCAGAAGCAAAGUGUUAAAGGCAACGUUGUAAAACGGCAGACGCAGUUAAUGCCACUUCCAACAUGGAACAGCCACAACCGGAGGACAGUAUACAACAACUGUUGAUGCAUGGACCAAUCUAUGCUGUGUCAAAAGUUAUCAAAACUGUACUUGAUUCACCCAUCACCCAUGUUGCAGCUGCCAACAAACUUCAUGUGCUCUUCACUCAGAAAGAAUAUGUCACGGACACAACAGUUGAUUGCUUUUUAAGCAAUUUCUUAAUGAAUGUUUUAAACCUGCCUAGCUCAGAAGAAGGCAAAAAGACUGUAUUUCUUGAAAUUUUGGAUGAUGUGAUCUUUGGGAACGAUGACUCAUUUGUUCUACUACUGAUCACAAGAAGUUUGAUACAGGAAAAAGUCCCCACUGAGACAUGUGCAGAUAUUCUCUGUUAUUUGGCAUUGAAGUUUCAUCGUCAAAGAAAUUUUCAGAAAUUUGUUACAUUGUUGAUAACUGCUGUUAAAACUAGCAAACACUCUUUACAUGGUUUUUCACUUCAUCCACGUGUGCUAGAAUGUAUGGGUGAAUGUACAGUGAAGCUACCCAUCACACAGAAUUUGACUUUGUUGAAUUUACUAUGCACAGUGCUAGGAGAAGAUUGGACACAAAACAUGGAUUCUGAAGGAGAUUAUCCUCAACCUCGAGUAGCAGCGCAAGUUCUAGGUGUCCUUUUGCUCAACAUAAAAUUAGCCGACUAUUCCAUCCGCGACGAGACAAUGGAUGACGCAAUCAAAAUAUUUGGCACAGUAAGCGAAAGGCAAAAAUCGCUUACAGAAAUGGCUGUAAAAAAUCCUAAGGGAUUCGUGACACCUUUGUUGACACUAGCAUUUGCUUAUGGGGAGCUCCAUCAGCUACUACUGUUGUAUAGCCCGUUGUACGCAGAAAGACAGUCCACAAAACCGGAAUGCGUGGUAUCGGAUGUCCAAAACGACGUGUGGGAUUUUAGCUUUUUCCAUACUUACGCUUCAAAAGAGCAAUGGUUACAAUUGGCCGAAUUAACGCUAAAAUCCCAUAUCGAUUUUUGGGCUCCUCUUGUGUUACAGAAAAUCCGUUACUUAAUUCUUUUUAGUGGUCGUGAUCGAAAUAACAAGGAAAAAAUAUUGAAGAAACUCAUCGGUUACCUAAUCGAGCACUUUGACGAUUGCCAGUCACUAUGGCUCAACAAUUUGAAGUACAUUUUACCCUUCAUGGCUAAAGAGCAAAUAGGAAUCCUCGGCAAAAAGAUUAGUGAAUCACCCGAACUCUGGAUGAAAGCCCUAUCGGAUCCAGAUAUUACUGAAAAACGCACAUUACAAAUGAGUUUGGUCUGUGCUGUAUUUGGAUCUAUUCACGAUCACUGCAGGAAAAGGAAAGCAGAAGAAGAUACUUUAGCCCUUUCCUCUGGCACAUUGUCUGUGCUUCAACUGUUUGCUGUGCGUGUUGACAUUUGGGUGGGCAGUGUCGAUCGAGGCAAUCAAAAAGUCUCUGGCUGGCUGCGACAGUCAGCUGAGCACAUUCAAGAAUCUAUGCGUCAAGUAGAAUCGACCACCACCGAACACGAUGUAACUGAAUUGCUACGCCCGUUGGACUUGUUGGAGCUGUUACCACUGGAAUACGUUCUCGGCCCCGUUCAUUCCGGCAUUCUGAUGGGUCUACUCAGUCUACUUGUUAGUUGUACCCAGGAACAAAUCAAGAGUCGGCUUUGGAUGAUGAUCGUACGGCUAUUGGACACGGAAAAGAAUUCUCCCAUCUUCGAGUAUUUUCCUUGUACAGAAUUUAUGAACUGGGCCGUUUCCAACACGAAAAAUCUACCCGAUUGCGCCCUUAUCUUCUCUACAUUGUUUGACGAAAUGCUUCGAUCACCCAAGUCGUCGAAAAAUAGUUUUGCUUGGAUUCAAACAGCUGAUCUAUCAGCGACAGCCCUUCCCGUCACAAUUCUAUCUAUGAAGAGGCUGAUCAAACACAAGAAGAUAGACGAAGAGAUUUUCAACAUCAUCCGAAAUCGUUUCUUAAAGACAUUUGAAAAUGAAGUUGAAAACCAUUUGAUUGAUGUGAUGGAAGGAGCCCAUUGCCUUCUGGAAAUGUAUAAGGAGCACCUAACCGAAACCGCCAAAAUUCCAGACGGUGAAAAACAAGAGAAAACAGAAAAACCACAAGAAAUCAAGGAAUUGCUACAAAGUCUACCCAAACUGGUAGAAGCUGCUCGCAAAGGUUUACUUUCAACUGAUGAAGCAGCGGGUUUGUCUUGCGCUGGAUUCCUCAGCCUUGUUUUAACACUUCCGCCCAAACAUCACGGCCGUGAUAUCAAAAUGAAUACCUGGAACGCUUAUCGUGCAAGUCUCAACUCUUCUCGAUGGGACGAUCGUCUUCUUUGCCAAUUGAUUGCCAAGUCAAACCUAAAAGAAUUUUACGUGAUUACAAAUGCUAUGAUUGACGACCUUCAAUCGGCUUCAGUAAAAGCUUUACAGGAGGAAGGCAAUCAGGAUGAAGUAUGCUGCGAGGUAGACGUCCGUCGCAUCAGUUGUUUCUUCCGCCAUCUUGUGACGGCGGAUAUACCUCCGAAAGAAGAUCGUUUCGGUGUUCGACUGCAAGUCAUCCAAACGGCCUUGCCAGUCAUCCAACAUCUAAUUUUAUCCGUCUGUCGCAAUUAUUCAAGUACAUCCAUCGACCGUGUCGUCCGUUUAGCCCUACCGCCCAUGGGUAUUUACCUGGCUCUGUUGAACAAGAACGAUUCUGAAGCUUAUCCGCACGACAUUACAUCAUCUCUUCAUGCCUGUCUCGCCCUACCGCUAAACGUAGACAUGUCUGCUGAGCAUUUCGAUUCGAUUUUCACGGCCAUCUACAAAACGCUUCAUUAUCUAUUGACGAAGCAUCAAGAAGUGGCAGCGGAUCGUGUUCCUGUUUUGCUCCAAGUUUAUCGGCGAUUGAUGGCGUGCACGUGCUCACGCUCUGACUCGCGGCGUUCAGCAGGCGAUUCGGAAGUGGCCUGUUUAACGGAUUCAGCCAAUCGCUUGGCCCGUCUUGCGUCCGUGAUCAACACGCAACAAUUGCGGUAUCGUCGUGCUGCAGCCUACAUCAUUGUUGACCUACUCAACGAGUUGAAGAAGCAGCCGUUGUACCCGUCCGUCAAGCAAGAACUCACGACAUCCUUGUACCACCUGAUGGACUUGUUGGACCAACACGCCACCCGAUACCUCAUGGCCGUCCUGCCGCCUGGCAUCCACGAACUUUUCCGGCUCGAGUACGAGCACUUUGAAAAGUUUUACAAAUUCAAAGGCAAAGUUUAAGCGGUGCGGCAAAGAAGAUGACAAUAUACAAAAUAAUUUUUUUUUGUCAAUUUCCAACAAAUUAUUAAAUUUUUUUCUGUUUUGCAAUCGAGCCAAUUUUUUUGAAGACUAAUAAUAUAGGAAGCCAUUGUUGGGGGAAGAAGAAAUUAGUUGCUGAUCAGUUAAGCAAAAAAAAAAAAGAAAGGCGAUGAUUGGCUGCCUUAUUAUGAUAAUUACGAGCAAGUCCGAAGUAGAGCGAUCAAUACCGACCAAAGGGGUGAAACUCUUCUUUUUAUUUUAAUUGUUGUGUUCUCUUAAUGAUCUUCUCCUCCUUUCUCCUUUUCUUUUGAAUUUCUCUUGUCAACUAAUCGAAUGACUUCCCCCCACGUUCUUUCUUCUUUUCUCUUCGUUUGUUCGUGGUUCAUCGAUCCACGCACGAGUGAGAUCGUGACAGAACUGGGCUACUACCAGGGGCAGUUGAGGGUGGGGAGGGGAGCUAAUUUUAAGUUGGGGUAGUACGCGAUGACUCUCAUCCGCACGCCCGCAAAAGUCCCCGGAUUCUUCACAUCGACGUCGUUUUGGGGUCUUGAACGCAGUUUGAAACGAGUCACCCCACCUUCUUUUUACGAUAAGCUUUUGCUUUGUUUCCUUUUCGAAACGUUCUUUCUCUCGUCUGAAAUUUUCUUGGUUUUCAUCGCGACUUUUCUCGUGAGCUUUUGUAUUCCGGCCGGAUGAGCAAACGAUUGAAACAUUGACGCGUGGAAUCCAUUUGAGAUUUCGUUUUACGCUUUGUUUCUUCUAUACAUUUCUCGUCGACCUACCUCUAUUGUUUGCAUUUUUGUGUCUUGUCUCGUCAUUUUAUUCUAUGCCUUGUUCUCUUCUUUGUAUGUACAAUGUACAGAUUGAUUAGAAGCGAUCAAACGUUUCUCUUAAUUGGAAAACGGGGUGCUCGAGCUGCCAGCGUUUUUCAAUCGAGAAGAAAAGGUCAUGUAUUCUGGUGAGAAAAUCACGAAUUUCUUGUGAUCUCGCUCAUAAUCAGCUGAUUGUGUGUUUGUCGGGUCCAAACGCCAUCGCGAUGAAUUUUGCUCUUGAUUAAAAAACCGGAAUUGCUGCGUCCCUGCCUUCCGGAUUUUAAAGCGGGGUCGUUAUUGCCGACGAACAUUAAAAGAAGAAAAUGCGCCAUCCCGACGAAUGAAAAAAAAGGGCAAUUUCAACUUGAGCGUGGAACCCAUAAAUACGCUUUAUUUUUUUUUUCUGUGCUCCGAAACUUCUUCGGAUACUUGAAUAAUUUAACUCGGUUUGAUUUUUGCCCUUUUUGCGAUGAGACUUGAUCUUUCCGAUUUUCCAGUUCAUUUAUUCAUUACGUGCGUCGCUGACAGUAGCUAAUCAGUGUUGGGUAGCAAAACAAGUUUCACAAGAACUUGUUGGUUCCCCCUUUAUUUUGUUGUUUUUCGUGUGUGGGUUGGGUCCAAUUGGCUGACGUUGGGGUGUCUGUUAUGACCGUCUGCGGUUGCACAUUCUUUCCUGAGGAGACGUCGCGGGCCUCACCUUUAGGGGCUGUGUCCAAUUAGUUAAAGGCUACGUGAUUCCUCUCCACUCACUUUUCUUGUCGACAACGACCACGGCUUCCUCUUUCUACUGUGUCUGUCGUUUAUCGAUUGAGUAAACAUUGCGUGAGUCGUGAGCUGGCCCCAGCGGGACUGCCCUCCAAAGUUCACACGCACAACUGCUUG